AUGGUUGAUGAUCCGGCCGAGGAAAAUCAAUGCGCUAGUCCUUCUCUUUCCCUGGAAGCCUUACCACAUGUCCAGCUCCCUGAAGUCAUGCCCAUUGACCAUGCUCCAAACAUGAUACUAUUGUUUCCGGAUUUAAGUACAAACAAACUUCGACAAGCUAUGGAACUAGGUGACCGUCUUUUCCCGCAAGACUUGGCCUACUUGGAAACUCAAGUCAAUCACUGCCAAGCUGAAGGAUUGUGGAGUUUCGUGGACUUUAGCGUCUCACCAGGCUCGUCUGUGAGACAAAGGAUCGCCGGAAUCUGUAAAUAUAUCAAGGAGAUGGGCAACCCAAACGGAGAAAACUAUAUGAGGAUUCGUCUCGCAAAAUUCCAAGUCAACAUGCUCUAUGAGACCAUCUGUAAUGAGGAAAAGAACAGGCGUCUCAAUCUCGGACCGAGAAAGUUCACUACCAAUGUUCUUGACUUCAUCGAGGCAGCCAUUAGAAAUACUAGCAACCGACGCCUUCCAGCUCCCGGAAAGUCACUUGUUCGCGAUGCUAUCUUUCGAUACAAGCAAGUUGGUAAAAAAUGGUCGGUGUCACAAGGUCUAAGUAUAACGUUGCUGGUUGGCCAAGACUGUGGAAGGUUAAUAGAAAAUGGCCAAUUCAAUGAGAUGCAGAUGAAGGCUUUGAUGUUCCAUGUUUUGGUAACUCGGCCUGAUAUUAUCAGUAUUUGCAGCAACCUAGAAUAUGCUGUCAGCUGUUUCCUGACCAAUAAUCAGUUGCCAGCGCGUCUAAGUGUUGACGAUGCUCGAAAAAUGAUCGGGAUUCACAAUUCAAUGACAGCGAUCGUAGAUUAA